UUAAAUAAUGCCCCGCUCAGCAAUCCUAGCGUAAGCCAUCUGUGUGUGUUUUUUGUCUUAUUUGUUGCUCUUCUCUACAACCAAAGAACCAAGAAUUCAUAGAUCCAAGCAGAGAUUAAACACAUCAAAGAACUUCAGAUUGGUGGGUUUUGAGAAUCAUGGCAGGGGUAAAUGAAACCUUGGGUUUGUCUUUGGUGGAGAGAAGUUGUUUACUUCCUUCUUCCGGAUCUCUUCUCAAUCAUCGUUUAAAUUGGCAACCGAACAAGCUCCGCUUUACCCCCGUUUUACUUUCUCCGGAGCAGAGAAGAGUGCAUUUGAGGAGGGUUUCAAGGAUCCCAAUUGCGGCUAUUAGUGAGAAUUUCGUCAUUGUUGCGGUGGAGGAACAGCCUGUGAAAUUUAAGGUGAGAGCUGUGGUAACCGUCCGGAAGAAGCACAAGGAAGAUUUGAAGGAAACGAUCGUAAAGCACUUAGAUGCUUUGACAGAUAAGAUCGGGAGGAAUGUUGUUUUACAGCUUGUAAGCACGGAAGUUGACUCAAAAACAAAGGCACCGAAGAAGAGUAGCGAAGCCGUGCUCAACUGGUCGAAGAAAUGGAACGUCCGGUCGGAACGGGUGAAUUACACAGCAGAAUUCACGGUGGACUCAAGCUUUGGGAUACCCGGAGCCAUCACGGUGAGUAACAAGCACCAGAAAGAGUUCUUCUUGGAGAACAUCACCAUCGAAGGCUUCGCAUGCGGUCCUGUCCACUUUGCUUGUAACUCGUGGGUUCAAUCCACGAAAGAUCACCCGGGUUCCAGGAUUUUCUUUUCCAACAAGCCAUAUUUGCCGUGGGAGACACCGGAUGGGCUGAAAGAGCUGAGGGAGAAGGAACUGAGAGGGCUGAGAGGUGAUGGCAAGGGAGCGAGGAAAUUGUCUGAUAGAAUCUACGACUACGAUACUUACAAGGAUUUGGGAAACCCUGAUAAGGGAGUGGAGUUUUCGAGGGCAACUCUGGGGGGUGAAGACAUCCCUUAUCCAAGACGAUGCCGUACUGGCCGACCUCCAACUGAAACCGACAUGAACGCAGAGAGCCGUGCGGAGAAGCCAGUGCCCAUCUACGUGCCACGGGACGAAGCCUUCGAGGAGUCGAAACAGAAGACAUUCUCAGUGGGAAGGCUGAAGGCCGUGCUCCACAACUUAAUACCUUCCCUGUUCGCCAGCCUCUCUGCCGACGACAACCACGACUUCAAGGACUUCUGCGACGUCGACAGCCUUUACAAAGAAGGUUUACUCCUUAAAUUGGGGUUACAGGAUGAGCUUAUGAAGAAGCUUCCCUUGCCCAAUAUCGUAAGCAAACUCCAGGAGUCCAGUCAGAGCCUUCUUAGAUACGACACUCCCACUAUCGUUUCCAGGGACAAGUUUGCUUGGUUAAGAGACGACGAAUUCGCCCGUCAAACACUUGCAGGCAUUAACCCCGUCAGCAUCCGGCGGCUUGAGGUUUUCCCGCCAGUAAGCCAGUUGGAUCCUGAGGUUUACGGCCCACAAGAAUCGGCACUCAAAGAAGAACACAUCGUGGGCUAUCUGGGAGGCUUGUCUGUACAACAGGCUAUGGAGGAGAAUAAGCUGUUUACACUGGACUACCAUGACAUUUACCUCCCGUUUCUAGAGCGGAUAAACGCUCUCGAAGGCCGGAAAGCUUAUGCCACUCGUACCAUCUUCUUCUUGACCCCGCUUGGCACACUUAAGCCUAUAGCCAUUGAGCUCAGUCUCCCGUAUACAGGUUCCCAUUCUCAAUCCACCCGGGUUCUCACUCCUCCUGUGGAUGCCACCACCUCCUGGCUCUGGCAGCUAGCCAGAGCCCAUGUUUGCUCAAACGACGCUGGCGUUCAUCAACUCGUCAACCAUUGGUUGCGGACUCACGCCAGCAUAGAACCUUUCGUAAUAGCGGCGCACAGGCAAUUGAGUGCAAUGCACCCGAUCUUCAAGCUUCUGGAUCCACAUAUGCGAUACACCUUAGAUAUAAACGCCCUGGCACGCCAGACCCUCAUCAGCGCCGAGGGUGUCAUUGAGUCCUGCUUCACUCCUGGUCCAUACUGCAUGGAGAUCAGCGCUGCUGCCUACCGUAGCCUCUGGCGCUUCGACCUUGAGGGUCUCCCCGCAGACCUCAUUCGCAGGGGUAUGGCGGUUCUUGACCUAACACAACCUCAUGGCCUAAAGCUCCUCAUUGAAGACUACCCUUACGCCAACGAUGGUCUCCUCAUCUGGGACGCUAUCGAAUCGUGGGUCCGAACCUACGUAAACCACUAUUAUGGUGAUUCGAGUUCUUCGAUUCGUACCGACACCGAACUCCAGGCCUGGUACUCCGAGUCCAUAAACCAAGGCCACGCUGAUCUUCGGCACCAAAGCUGGUGGCCCAGUCUCUCCACUGUGGAUGAUCUCGUCUCUAUCCUCACCACCCUCAUUUGGCUUGCGUCUGCUCAGCAUGCUGCCCUCAAUUUCGGGCAGUACCCUUACGGUGGCUACGUUCCAAACCGUCCGCCGCUCAUGAGGCGGUUGCUACCGCAGGAAGACGACCCCGAGUAUGCAAAUUUCCGGGCCGAUCCGCACCGGUUCUUCCUCUCUUCGCUGCCGACGUUGCUCCAGGCCACACAAUUCAUGGCAGUUGUGGACACUCUGUCAACGCACUCACCCGACGAAGAGUAUCUUGGAGAGAGACAGCAGCCCUCUACCUGGUCCGGAGAUGCUGAGAUUAUUGAGGCACUUUAUGGGUUCUCAGCGGAGAUCAGAGGGAUAGAGAAGGAAAUCCAGAAGAGGAACCAUGAUCCAAACCUCAGGAACCGAUGCGGGGCCGGGGUUUUACCGUAUGAACUACUCGUUCCAAGCUCUGAACCUGGUGUCACCUGUAGAGGGGUGCCCAACAGCGUUUCCAUUUAGUUCCAAUGGCACCUAGCUAGACUAGCCGAAUAAUUAAGGAAGCAUUCCUUGAGGAGUUGUUAUUAGUGAAAUUGCAAUGGAGAUCAUCAUCUGUGUUUGGAAAUUCUUAGUGAAAUUGUCAUUCCUCGAGGAGUUGUUCAAAGUGAAAUUGCAAUGUAUAUAGAAUACCAUCCACGGAAUGAUGGAAGAGUAGUUGCUCAUCUACAUGAAAAUAAUAUUAAUUAGGUUGCAUGUGGAAACUAAAUGGGAAUGAAAUAAAUCUUUUCAUUUGGUUUCCAAGCAUUUUUUUUUUAAACCACUGUAUUACCACUUAGAAGGGAACUGGAGCAUCUCAUGUCUUCCAUUUUUUUAUUAAUGUAGCAGACGAGAAAUCCGAUCUAUAUUCACUGUACCUUGGAUAUUUGUUAACUUCCCAUUUUC